CUUCCACCUCCAUCCAACCUGGACUACUCGUUUAUCCAAAUCUGCACCCUGAACUGGACGUGGAACCCCCCAGAGAACGUCAGCAGUGGCUGUGACCUGGAGUAUUCCAGCGACAUCGUGAUCAAUGAGGUCCCUCUGGGGAAACCAGAAUGGAGUAAGAGUCGCUUCCGUGUGACGGAUACGAUCCUGAAUGAGGAAAUGCGUUUCAGAGUGAGAAGUGAAUGCAAGUGCGCUAACGCCAGCGAGCCCAGCCGAUGGGUGGAGACCGCGCUCCUGCCAAAAGGUAUUCCAGGUACUGCCGCUGUUGGUUUGAGCUGCGUUUGGCACAAUUUGGAGUACAUGGAUUGUUCCUGGCGGCCCGGAGAGAACGCGAGCAGCGAUACCAAUUAUACGUUGUUCUACUGGUUUGAUGGUUUGAAAAACCACAAGAAGUGCAACAACUAUUCUAUGGACCGCGGAAGAUGUAUUUUCAAUCUCAGCUUCCCCAACGUCACCAAUACGUACCCAGCUAUAAGUAUUUUGAUUAGAGAUGAUUCUGAAGAAAUUAGGCCUGUGUGUGCCAGUAAAAAUCCGACCACCCUUGUAAGACCUGCUACGCCAAGAAGACUCACACUGUCAAAGGUCAAUGAUGAGAUAUACGUAGAAUGGAGUGAAUCAGACACCUUUCCAGAAAAUUGUUUAUCUUAUGAAGUUAAAUGUCGCAAUGGUGAUACCACUCAGAUAAUUCAAGUUGAAAAUAAUUAUACGUCAAUUCCUAGCGUUGAUCCUAAUAGCAAGUACACCUUCCAAGUGAGAGCGAAACCAAAGCCCGAGUGUUACAGCAGCAAACUCUCCAGCGACUGGAGCGAAGAGAAGAGUAUCGGUGAGAAGGCGGACUCUACAUUCUAUCUUGUUUUAAUAGUCACCAUUCCAUUAAUAGUAGCAGUAUCUACGAUAAUCCUACUAGUUUAUCUAAAAAGGCUGAAGAUACUGAUUCUUCCACCAAUUCCAGACCCUAGAGAAAUUCUGAAGCGCAUGUUUGGAGAGCAGAAUGAGGAUUCCCAGAGCUGUGCAAAGGAUGAUUCUGCGAAUGCUUACGACAGGUUAAUUAAGGAAGAAGAAAUUCAUUCUUUAAUUUUAACAGAAACGCCAGAGUAUGCUAAUUCUGAAACGGAAAACCGAUAA